UGCAUCUCUCUGCCAUCCUGCCCUCGCUCUCCCUCUCUCCUGGCGCAUCCCUUGUGACCCACGGUGCAUGUUAUUUCCUCCCCACCUCCUUUUCCUCUCUGGAAACUCCUCCACAUAGACGAACACACGCUGUGGAGCUUUUUGGAGUGCAAAGCGGGAAAACAAGAAGGAUUGUGUGGGAGAUUUCUCACUGUGGACUGGGACAGAUCCACUACUGCAGGGAAAACAGCGUACGGCUUUGGACAGCGGUGGCAGCAGCGAGAGGGAGCGUGUGUGUGCAUGCAUCCAUGCGCAUGUUUCGAGGGAAGACUGAGCUGCGCUGUGCUUCUCACACGCUCAUUCUCUCACUCUCGGAUGAUGAAGGCUCUCGAUCUCGUAUGAUGGAGCUUGACUGAGAAGCGGGUCUCACUCUCACACGUGCGCUCUUAGGCGGGCAGAGCUCGGGAGCUCUCGGCAGCGUGGUGGAGGCACACGCACACUUCACGCUUGCUUCUGGACUGUGACCGAUGACCGGACAUACGAGCCAGGUUCCGUGCGCCCCUCGUGCUCCAGCGGGCAUAAAUACGGGCAGGUGAAGGACCUUCACCUUCUAUCCCUGAGACCUGAGAUGUUCCUCCUCUCUCCUGUGAGAGUCACUUUGUUUCUGCUGGUCUUCCUGGACAUUCCCCAUCCGUCCCUUCAGGGCAGGAAUAAGGGCAGAUGGAACAAGGGGGGAUCCCGUCUACGGCAGGAAGAUUCUCCACCUCGGAUCGUAGAACACCCUUCCGAUCUGAUUGUUUCCAAGGGCGAACCAGCCACCCUAAACUGCAAGGCGGAGGGGCGGCCCACCCCUACCGUAGAGUGGUAUAAGGAUGGAGAACGAGUUGAAACCGAUAAAGAUGACCCUCGAUCCCACCGCAUGCUCCUGCCCAGCGGCUCGCUCUUCUUCCUGCGUAUCGUACAUGGCCGUCGAAGCAAACCUGACGAGGGGGCGUACGUUUGUGUGGCACGCAAUUACUUGGGGGAAGCAGUCAGUCGAAACGCCUCACUGGAAGUAGCAUUGUUACGUGAUGAUUUCAGACAGAACCCUACGGAUGUGGUGGUGGCUGCUGGAGAGCCGGCCAUCCUGGAGUGCGUUCCCCCUCGUGGACACCCGGAACCCACCAUCUACUGGAAGAAAGACAAAGUACGAAUCGAUGAGAAGGAUGACAGGAUCAAGAUCCGUGGAGGGAAGCUGAUGAUCUCCAACACGAGGAAAAGUGACGCUGGCAUGUACAUCUGCGUGGGGACCAACAUGGUCGGCGAGAGAGACAGUGAGACGGCCCAGGUCACCGUGUUCGAGAGGCCCACGUUCCUACGACGACCCAUUAACCAGGUGGUUCUGGAGGAGGAGGCAGUGGAGUUUCGCUGUCAGGUGCAGGGAGACCCGCAGCCUACCAUCCGCUGGAAAAAAGACGAAAUUGAUGUCCCCCGUGGGAGGUAUGAUAUUAAAUAUGAUAAAGACGACUAUGUGUUGAGGAUAAAGAAGGCAGCAGCAAGUGAUGAAGGAACCUUCACCUGUGUAGCUGAGAACAGAGUUGGCAAAACGGAGGCGUCCGCCACCCUCACGGUCAGAGCUCGCCCUGUCGCCGCACCGCAGUUCGUGAUCCGGCCGCGGGAUCAGAUUGUGGCACAGGGACGGACCGCCAGUUUCCCCUGUGAGACCAAAGGAAACCCACAGCCGGCGGUCUUCUGGCAGAAGGAAGGAAGUCAGAACCUCCUGUUUCCAAAUCAACCGCAGCAGCCCAACAGUCGUUUCUCGGUGUCGCCCAGUGGAGAUUUGACCAUCACGGCGGUCCAGCGGGCAGACGCGGGAUACUAUAUCUGCCAGGCCCUGACGGUGGCGGGCAGCAUCCUGGCCAAAGCACAGCUUGAGGUCACAGACGUGCUGACCGAUCGUCCUCCCCCCAUCAUCCGGCAGGGUCCAGCUAACCAGACUCUGGGUGUAGACAGUGUGGCUCUUCUGAGAUGCCAUGCAUCUGGAGAACCGGUUCCAACCAUCAGCUGGCUGAAGGAUGGGGUCAGCCUGCUGGGCAAAGACCCUCGCAUGUCCCUGCAGGACCUUGGCAGCCUGCAGAUCAAGGGUUUGCGGCUCUCUGAUUCUGGUAUCUAUACUUGUGUGGCAGCAAGUUCUAGUGGGGAAACAUCUUGGAGUGCUUUCUUGGAAGUCAAAGAGUCUGGAAGUCUUGUUGUAGUUAAAGACCGGGAUGAGAACGAGCUCCCAGGUCCUCCAUCCAAACCUCAGGUCACAGACGUCACUAAAAACAGCGUGUCGUUGUCCUGGCAGCCUGGCCUUCCUGGAGCGUCACCCAUCUCAUCAUAUGUUAUUGAGGCUUUCAGCCAAUCGGUGAGCAACAGCUGGCAGACUGUAGCCGAUCAUGUCAAGACCACCCAGUACACCAUUAAGGGUCUUCGCCCCAACACCAUCUACCUGUUCAUGGUGCGAGCAGUCAACGUCCAAGGCCUGAGUGACCCGAGCCCCAUGUCCGAACCCGUCCGCACUCAAGAUAUAAGUCCUCCAGCUCAGGGAGUGGAUCACAGACACGUGCAGAAGGAGUUGGGUGAGGUUAUUGUGCGGCUACACAACCCUGUGGUCCUCAGCCCCACCACCAUACAGGUCACAUGGACGGUUGACCGGCAAUCUCAAUUCAUCCAGGGCUACAGGGUUUUGUACAGGCAGAUGUUAGGGCUGUCCUCCCCAGGAGCGUGGCAGAAUCAGGAUGUGAAAGUCCCCUCUGAGAGGAGCAUGGUGCUCUCGGCUCUGAAGAAAGGCAUCGUCUACGAGAUCAAAGUCCGUCCGUACUUCAACGAGUUCCAGGGCAUGGACAGCGAGUCCCGAACGGCAAGAACAACAGAGGAAGCGCCCAGUGCUCCUCCUCAGCAGGUGACGGUCCUCACGGUGGGCAAUCAGAACAGCACAUCCAUCAGUAUCUCCUGGGACCCUCCUCCUGCAGAGCAUCAGAAUGGCAUAAUCCAGGAAUAUAAGAUCUGGUGUUUAGGGAACGAGAGCCGUUUCCAUGUAAAUAAGACGGUGGAUGCAGCCAUCCGCUCAGUGGUGGUGGGGGGUCUCCAGGCGGGGGUCCAGUACCGAGUGGAGGUGGCCGCCAGCACCAGCGCUGGGGUGGGGGUGAAGAGCGAACCACAAACCAUCAUUAUUGGUAAAGACUUCCGGGAUGUGAUCAUGAGCAGGAACAACAGCAUCACGGAGCAGAUCACGGACGUGGUGAAGCAGCCGGCCUUCAUCGCGGGCAUCGGAGGGGCCUGCUGGGUUAUUCUGAUGGGCUUCAGCAUCUGGCUCUACUGGAGGAGAAAGAAGAGAAAGGGUCUCAGCAAUUACGCAGUUCAGUCGUUCACCUUCACCCCUGCAGUGACAUUCCAGCGUGUUGAUGGAGGCUUGAUGAGCAACGGGAGUCGUCCUGGUCUGCUGAAUGCCAGUGAUUCGGGAUACCCCUGGCUCGCUGACUCCUGGCCGGCCACCAGUCUGACUGUGAACAGCGGUUCUGGAGGACCCAACGACCUCAACAACUUUGGCCGUGGAGAAGUGAUGCCCAGCACCCAGGCCGAUAAGACGGGCACCAUGCUUUCUGACGGAGCCAUUUACAGCAGCAUCGACUUCACUACCAAAGGUGGAUUUGGCAGUCCAAGCCCCGCCUCCCAGGCCACGCCCUACGCCACCACCCAGAUCCUCCAUUCCAACAGCAUUCACGAGCUGGCCGUCGAUCUGCCUGAGGCCCAGUGGAAGACCUCCCUACAGGCCAAGCAGGAAAUGGCCAGCCUGGGCUACUCACUGCCAGACAAGAACUCCUGCAACAACACACUCCUUUUCAUUCCUGACUACCGAUUGGCUGAUGGAUUGUGUAAUAGAAUGCCGCACAACCAAUCACAGGAUUUCAGCACCACCAGCUCCCACAACAGCUCAGAUCGGAGCAACAGUCUGUCAGGUGGGAAAGGCGGAAAGAAGAAGAAGACCAAAACAAACGCCAAGCCCACCAAGAUGAAUGGCUCCAACUGGGCUAAUGUUCCACUCCCUCCCCCUCCUAUCCACCCUCUUCCAGGCACAGAGAUGGACCACUAUGCCUCAGAGCACCAUGACGGAGGAGGAUAUGAUAGUGAUGGUUGGGGCCCACCCUUGCCCGUGCAGACGUACCUCCAUCAGGGUUUAGAGGAUGAGCUGGAGGAAGAGGAAGAACGGGUACCCACUCCUCCCAUAAGGGGUGUGGCCUCCUCCCCUGCAGCAGUUUCCUUUGGCAAGCAGUCCACAGCCACACUGAGCCCAUCCCCACGUGAAGAAAUACAGCCCAUGCUCCAAGCCCACUUAGAUGAGCUAACCCGUGCUUACCAAUUGGACAUGGCUAAACAGACUUGGCACAUGCAGGGUGGGCCUUACCCGCCCCUGGCCCCUGCACCGCCCGUGGGUUAUAUCUCCAGCACCCUAGUGUCUGAUAUUGAGACAGACCUUCCUGACGAAGAUGACGAUGAGGAGGACGAAGGAUAUGAGAUGUCUCCGCCAAUUAGGGGUAUCGAACACACGCCAGGCUCCAGCAUGGACAACUUGGACAGCUCUGUUACGGGUAAGCGUACAUUUUUGUGA